UAAUAACAUUAUUUACAUUUAAGAUCUCUUAAAAAAAAAAGGUAAUUAGCAAUUCUAUUUCACUUUUGGACUUAACAUUUUAGCACAGAUUUAAAAUGGACAAGACAAAAUGGGAUAUUAAACAUCUGCUAAUUCUUGAAAACUUCUCUUACCAUUUAAAGUUGCAGUUUAUCUACUGAGUGGACCUGAUGGUAGGAUGUUGUUUUGUAAUCUGUUAUUUUAAAAACGUCAUAUCUCAAAAACAAAAAGCCUUGCUCUUAAUGCUGUGUACAUUUGGAAAAACAAUACCUGAUUUCAGAAUCAGAAUCAGAAUCGGGUUUAUUGCCAGGUCAGUUCACACGUACGAGGAAUUUGACUUGAUGUCAUGGUGUGUGCCUGAAUUGCCAUUUAGUUUCACUUUCAUUUGGAAUUCUUUGAGAACAUCUGAGAUGUAUGGCAACAAUGGGAGGUCUGAAAACUAGCUACACACUUUUCAUUCUAAUUUCUGCCUGGCAACAGCUGACAAUAAAAAAAAACGUUGGUCAAAUAUUCCCAAAUUUGAUAGCGAUACGUCCUAAAUGGUCUCAUCUUUGAUAUUGUGCUGAGCUGUGACCUGGAAGUCCCACUAUUGAAGACCUCGGGCCAAAUGUGAAGCAACGGUGGAGUUUCCUAUUUCCUCACAGACAGGAGUUCUUUUUUUUUUCCAAUUCACGCUGUCAGGAAGUGAAACUCUCCCAGCUGGGUAAAACAAGUCCAAGCGAUCACAAGUCAACACGUUUCUUUUUGGAUGUGCUCCUCUCACAGCAAGGUGUGGUGUCAAAAACAACAGUAAUCUUCCACAAAAGCAUGUCCGAUACAACAGACCUCCUCACAUCCAGAUACACACAGGUCUCUCAACAGUUUCCUCCAGCAUGUCCGAUACAACAGACCUCCUCACAUCCAGAGACACACAGCAGGCUUCUGGUGAUGAUGCAUCCUCUCUACCACCGCCCUACCAAGGAGAGCAACCUCCACCCUACUCUGCAGCCAAAACAGACACAACUUGGACAAAACAGUCUAGCACUGGGUACGAGUCUUUCCGGGACAUCAUCCCAGAACGUCUGUCGGACACAACUCCACUGAUCGGCUCGUCUUCUUUCGAUGACAAGAUAGUGAGGAGAGCGUUUGUUAGAAAGGUGUUCAGCAUCCUGACCCUCCAGCUGUUGUUCACCUUCAGUGUGGUGUGUGUGUUCACCUUCUCCAGCGUGGUGAAAGAUGCGGUGCAGACCAGCCUGGGGGCCUACCUCAGCUCCAUCAUCAUCUUCCUCGUGGUCUCCCUCGCCCUCAGCUACAGAAGAGACUUCAGCCGGCGUCACCCCUGGAACAUCUCGGGACUGGUUGUUGUCACCCUGAGUUUGUCUUACAUGGUGGGAACCAUUGCCUCCUUCCACAACACCACCUCUGUGGUCAUCACUAUGGGAGUAACGCUGGCCGUCACUGUGGCAAUCAUCGUUUUCUCUGCACAGACUCGUUAUGAUUUCACCGUUUGCUACGGUGUUCUGCUGAUUCUGUCCGUGGACCUGAUCAUGUUCGGGAUCUUCUCGACCUUCUACUCCUCCUAUCUCGGUGACAUCGCCUACGGAUGUUUUGGUGCUCUGCUGUAUUCACUGUUCCUGAUGAUCGACUGUCAGCUGAUGAUGGGGGCGAUGAGCUACCGUCUGAAUCCAGAGGAAUACAUCAACGCUGCUCUCAACAUCUACCUGGACGUAAUGCUCAUCUUCCUCUACCUGCUAGGGAGGAGGUGAAACUGUAUACACAAAAUACAUUUACACACAAACACACCAAACUGUACCCACAUGUAGAAUGUACUUUAUUAUUGUGAUUACUACGUAUAUACUGUAAAUCCUGUUUGAACUGACAAUGAAAGAAUGAUUAUUAUUGUUUACAUAAACAUGUUUUUUUUGUACAAUUG